UCCUCGCGACUAACACUGUGGCUGCGCGUUCUGCAUUGGUUGUCGACUGCGUACACAUCAGUUGCCCUGGAAACGUGUGCUUUCAAUAUUGAAAAGAAGUAGAGGGUGAGACUCCUUACAUAGACGCCAUGGGCCUUUUUGACAAGCUGGCAGGAUGGCUGGGAAUUAAAAAGAAAGAAGUACAUGUUCUGUGCCUUGGUCUGGACAACAGCGGCAAAACAACAAUCAUCAACAAACUGAAGCCUUCAAAUGCGCAAGCACAGGACAUUGUUCCCACUAUUGGAUUCAGCAUAGAGAAGUUUAAGACAUCCAGCCUGUCCUUCACAGUAUUUGAUAUGUCUGGUCAAGGAAGAUACCGGAAUCUGUGGGAGCAUUACUACAAAGAAGGACAGGCCAUCAUAUUUGUUAUUGACAGUUGUGACAAACUGAGGAUGGUAGUUGCAAAAGAAGAAUUGGAUACCCUGCUAAAUCAUCCUGAUAUAAAACAUAGAAGAAUGCCUAUUCUGUUUUUUGCAAAUAAAAUGGACUUGAGGGAUGCAUUAUCUUCAGUGAAGGUUUCUCAACAGUUAUGUCUGGAAAGCAUCAAAGAUAAGCCCUGGCAUAUCUGUGCCAGUGAUGCUCUUAAAGGGGAAGGACUGCAAGAAGGCGUUGACUGGCUGCAAGAUCAGAUCAGAACUAUGAAGACAUGAGAAGCGACUGAACAGAUAUGUAACUGGAUAAUUCCAAAGUUUUGAAAUAGAAGGCUAAUUAUAGUGUUACUUGCAGUCAUUUUUAUUUUUUUUUUAAUUAUCGACUUGAGACAAGUUCCAAAAUUAAUUCAGAAUAUGUCACAUCUGUACGUUUGGAAAUAAGAGGGAAGAGGUGCUUGGUUUUUUUGUUUUUUUUUUGUGAUAUGUAAGUAAAUCUAGCCCUUGAAAGUCCACUGCAGCAGUGAGGCUUUAAAGUUUGGUGUCUUUAAAAGAAGAGUGUGGUGCAUGCCCACAUCAGUAAAAUUUAUGUUAGAAUUCUUAGACUUGAGAGACUCAUCAUAAUCUUUAUUUAAUUUAUUUUGGGGUUAAUUUUGCUGUCAAAAAAUGUCUUUUAAGACAUGUUUUAAUUAAUAGUUUGUCUUUACUUUUCUGUUGAUUGGCGGCCGCCAAGACUGUUUAUAGACUAGCAAGGUAGUAAAAUACAGUAGAGAUAGCACAGUUGAGAAUAUUUUGUUUUUUUAUUCAUUAUACACUCUAAGCUUUAAUCAAGUAUCAGCAUGAUUAAAAAAGAAAAUAAAACUCCCCUGUGCUUAUAGUGAUACAUACUACCUGAUUGAUGAUGUUCAAUCUAAAGUACCACUGAAGUUCCUUAAGUUUGUGGCUCCAUUUUGCUUUUUCACCUCAACAUGAUGAGAAGCAAAUAGCAAGACCUGCAAGAGUAAUUGACUGGUGUUAUAAUGACUCAUGCACAGCAUUUAAAACUGGCAAAAUUAUCACAGUUUAGAACGUCAUAUAGAUAAAAAUGAAUUAACGUUAUUGAACAUGAGCAUUUCUACUGCAUUGGCCUGAUGAGGUAUUUGCAAGUUCUUCCUGCAUAUAAUAAUCAGUGGAAGUGUUGUUUGCAAUAAUGAAAUCUGAAUGUAUAGUGGCACUAAGGAUCUGGAACUAUGCAGCCCAAAUUUCCAGUCCUGUCAUGCUGUGGUGACCCCUAAUUCAGUUCAGUUUACCUUCUUUUCCAUGUAGUGUCAUAUGUAUUUGAUAAAAGAAAGUUUAGAAGUUUGUAUAGCAGAAAGGUCCACCAUUAUUUUUUUAACAGUCAAAGAAACUAAAAGAAAAAUGAUUAUAUUUUCUGUGUGUCCUUGGGGGAGGUGGCAAAAGAUGAGUUUACCAGAACAGACAUCCCUAUUGAUAGAAGCUAUCCUCAGUUCCAUUUACAUUGCCACAGUUUAGCUCUUAGCUAAACAAACAAGCUUGAUAAACUGAAUGUUCUCCUCUCAUUUGUCAAAUUUGUUGUGUAAUUAUGCAUUACUGCUAUCCUUCCUUCAUAUGUUGAAUGCCCAAUUCUCUAUCUUGGGUCUCAAUACCCAUUUCAAAAUGAUAGUUUGCACUUCACUUUCCUUUAUACAUGUAGCUUAUUUCAGUGUUCAUUAGUUCAGCUCUGUUCUUCUGGCAUACUUUUCAGAUAUCUUGCUGUAAAAUGCUAUAAAUAAGACUAACAUUAGUAUAAAUAAUAAGCACAAAUUAAUGAAUGUUCAUUUGUGCUUACUCUGUAAGUUUUUAAAACCAUCUUAAAAAUAUGUAUAUUUUGUUAUAUUACUAUUUUUGUUUAUAUUCUGACAAGUAACUUAUACAGAAAUCAGAAACACCUCCAGAGUUUUCCAGGCUCAUGUUUACGGGAGCACUCUGUAUUGCUUAGGGAAUCAAUAUUCUUUACUGUUCUAAAAUAAGGACUAACAUUGCAAUAUUGCGACUUCAUUGCGGUUUAAGCUUGGUUUGAUGUUGAGGUCAGGUACUUUUUGUGUGAAAUUACUAUGUUACAAACAUUUCUUUACUUUUCCUCCAUAAGCUAGAGAUAUGAAUUAAAUUACUGCAGGGUAAGUGUUUGUACACAUUGUUAUUUUAGUCAAAUGGAAUGGGAGCAUUGGUUGGUAUCUGCCUUAUGUUCAUUGAAGCUGGGAUAGGUUUAAGCACCCUGCAAAUGUAUAUUAGAUGCACAAAGAUUAGAACAUGAAUAGAUGAACUGAAAACAAGCCAUAUUCCCUUAGCUUCCAUUCAGUUUUGGUAUUGUACGGCCUGUAUAUUUAUAUAUUUCUGUACAGCCUGUAUAUUUAUAUUUCACACACUUUACCCUCAAAAAAGACAGCAUAAUAAUUUGAAUGAUUCUUUAGUCGUCACACUUGUAAAGUGUAGAGAAAAGGAAUGAAUUGCCAAGUACACUGGACAACACUACCCAAUUAAGCCCACAUCUAUACUGAGGAGGUUAACCUUUUUUUAUUGGUCACUCAUCUUUCUAUCCCUGAUGUCACUAAACGUUUUGAGGAGACACCUUUUUUUUUUUUAAAUCCAUCCAAUGUACAGUUCAUGCCUAUGAUUAGAGACUCGCUUAUAGGCCUCACAGUCCUGCAGCUUUUAUUACAUUUCUUGAGCAAGUGACCUAUUUACAAAUUUCAAAAUUACAGUUAAAAUGAUCUGUGAGUGUUGGUGGAUCAUCCAAUAAGGUAAUGGUGGCGUUUUUCUCCCGGCAAGUCGAAUUUAUAAUGCUUCCUAUGGGGCCUGUUUCCAAUUAAACCAUUGCUUCACAUCUUUUUCUAGAUGGUCAGAUAUUGUCUAUAAUAAGUACAUUUUAUUGUUUUUUUUGUUUUUGUUAUUGCAGAUCUCUGUUCAGGUCCACAGGGUUUGUGUGCAAAGUUUUGAAGACUAGCCUUGUAAAUGGUUGAAGAGUUGUACUCUUCUUGUCUAUUUAUGCUACUUAAAUUAGUCCUUGUUAUUUAUGUACUUUUUAUUAAUGCACAUUUAUACUUAACUGUAUUUGAUUAAUGUAUAAUAAGAUUUGUGAAUUAAGAGGGCACUUCAUUCCAGUGUGGCUGGUUGAUGCAAAUGAUCUGCUGUGUAAAAAUAAAUUUAUUGCAAUAAAGUGA